CCACUGUAAAUAUUAAGCCCCACUACUCUUUCCAACCUUCCUAAACUUCUAGUUCUUCUCCUCCUGCCUGACAAAAAAAUGGAGGGGCUGAUCCCCUUGGUCUAUAGAGCCAUCAAGAGAAAGAAGACUAGGCGUUGCUACAAGUGUCUGUCCUCAGGUGCAGCACUGUUCGACUACUCCGAAUUCAAUGCUAAUGGCCACAUGUUCAUGACACCCCCACCGGAGAACCACAAGCAUACCUCAUCAGGCACCACUGCAGCGUUCGAGAUGACUGAAUUCAAUACCCAUGUCCAUCGCUCGAUGACACCUCCGCCGGAGAAGCUUGGAGGCUUCACUGAAGGAUAUAGCAGACAUUGGAGGCACAUCUCAGUGCAAGAAUUCCCUCGUGAGUCCUUGUCGCCGGAGAAACGCAUCGAACCACCUCGUUUAAGAAAAGAUUUUGGCGUGAGGAGCCAUCGCGUGUUCGCUUGCAUCGCCGGAGGGUAGAGCUUGGAAUCAUAUGGGGAAUGGAUGGAGGAAGGAGAUGAUGUUAUGAUCAAAGAAGUUGGGUCUCUUGGCGUAAUUUGCGAUGUAAGUGUCAAAAGUGAUCUCACAUAUAUAGUUUCUAGUCUGCGUGUUUCUAGUGUAAAAGUUUGUCAACUUGUAAGGAAGGGCUGGUAUAUUGAUAGCUCCAUAGUAAGAAAUGCUUUCUUUUCACCAAAAGGAGAUGAUUCUUUUGGUGCAAGCGCAUAGGCAAAAUUAAGAUAGCAGGUGCUUGUGGAUGCUCUACUGCAGUCAAGCAAAAGGCAAGAGGAAGAAAGGAGGAACUGGAUAGGCUGCAUAUGUCCUGGUAACAUGAAAUUAUUCGGAAUACCAUAACUCGUUUUUCAAA